AUGCCUGCCGCGAAGCUGCUAUCUUCUAACAAAACAGUCCAGAUACUGGCUGAUGCUGAAAAGGGAGGCUAUGGAGUCAUUGCCGCCAUCGCAUACAACAUCGAGCAAAUCCUUGCUCUAGUCAAAGCCGCCGAGAACACACGAUCCCCUUUGAUCCUCCAAUUCUUCCCCUGGGCAAUAGCCUUCAGUAAUGGCCUCCUCGUACAGACCGCUGCAAUCGCGGCGAGAGGAGCGUCAGUACCCAUAUCGAUCCAUCUGGACCACUGCCAGGACGAGAAGAUGGUCCGGCACGCCGCAGACAACCUUCCCUUCGACUCUAUAAUGGUCGAUAUGUCACAUCACGAGAAAGCAGAGAACUUGGCCUUGACUAAGGAGCUCGUCUCGUAUUGCCACGAGCGAGGAAUCUCGACAGAGGCAGAGCCGGGUCGCAUCGAAGGUGGGGAGGACGGAAUUGCUGACACAGCCGAUUUGAGCGGGUUGCUCACUACUCCAGACGAAGUGGAGGAGUUCAUAGAUACUGGUGUCGAUUUCCUGGCCCCAGCUUUUGGUAACGUUCACGGAGAAUACGGCAAGCGAGGCCCGCAGCUGGAAUUCGACCGAUUAGAUUCGAUAUACGAAUACUGCAAGAAGCGAGACGUUCGAGUAGUCUUGCACGGAACGAACGACUUCCCAGAAGACAUCAUGACGAAAUGCAUCAAAGGGGGCGUGUCGAAAAUUAACGUUAACAAGCUGGUCUUGGACGAUUAUAACGAGUAUUUGAAGGCUGCUGCUGCUACAACACCAAUUACGAAGCUCAUGGAAGAAGGUGUGGAGAAGGUUGUGAAGUUGACUGAGUUGUGGAUGCAUAGAUGUGGUAGCGCUGGUAGAGCAUGA